CGCAGCCCUGCAUCCGGAGACCAGGGGUGGAGGGGGGGUAGGAAGCAGAAACACACAAGGUGUGUGGGGGAAGAGGCAGACACAGUGACUCUAUUCAGCAACAUCCUGCGUCUCCUGUUCCCCCACCCCUCCACCUCACCAUCAAUUAUCGACUCCAUCCUUCUGCGCUGCUACAGAGAUAUCUCAGUCCCCUGAAGGUGGUGGUGGGGAAGCAUUCCAUAACCUCUCUCCUGCUCCCUGAUUUUUAUUUUUUAUUUUAUUUUUGGCGGAGAGACGGGGUAAUUCCCUUCAUCACGGGCUUUCCUUCUGUCUUUGUCUCCCUCUCUCAAAAAUAACACUAAGCCAAAAGGGUUGGUCUAGCAGAGCCGGGCGCUGAGCCGCGGACUCCCUCCUCUCGCUUGCCCGCCCGCCCCGUCUAGAAAGAGCGGGAGCGGGAGCGGGAGGAGGAGGAGGAGGAGGAGGGGCCGCGAUGACGCCUCGUCCCCUGAUUUGACACCUGCCCAGCCUCGGGGGCGGCUCCCCCCCCCGCCGGCCCGGCCCGGCCCGCGCCCCCGAUGCUGAGCUCAGUGUGCGUCUCCUCUUUCCGCGGGCGCAAGUCUGGGAACAAGCCGCCGUCCAAGUCAUGUUUGAAAGGGGAGAUGGGCCGGAACGAAGACAACGACAAGAUCGUCAUCAACGUGGGCGGCAUCCGGCAUGAGACUUACCGAAGCACCCUCAAGACCCUGCCGGGCACGCGGUUGUCCUGGCUCACCGAGCCGGACGCCUGCAGCAACUUCGACUACGACCCCAAAGCCGACGAGUUCUUCUUCGACCGGCACCCGCAGGUCUUCGCCUACGUGCUCAACUACUACCGCACCGGGAAGCUCCACUGCCCCGCCGACGUCUGCGGACCGCUCUUCGAGGAAGAGCUGGCUUUCUGGGGCAUCGAUGAGACAGACGUGGAAGCCUGCUGCUGGAUGAACUACCGGCAGCACCGCGACGCCGAGGAAGCCCUGGACAGCUUCGAGACCCCCGAGAGCCAGGAAGAUGAGGACAACGGCGACCUCAAGCGCCUCUGCCUCCAAGAGGACGGGCGCAAGCUGGGCUGGUGGUCCAGCUGGCAGCCCAAGGUCUGGGCGCUUUUCGAAGACCCCUACUCCUCCAAGAUGGCCCGGUAUGUGGCCUUUGCCUCCCUCUUCUUCAUCCUCAUCUCCAUCACCACUUUCUGCUUAGAGACCCAUGAGGCUUUCAACCACUUCAAAAACAAGACAGAAAUCAUAAAGACGGGGAACAGUACCAGCAUAAAGGUGGACUAUGAAAUGGAAACAGAACCCUUCCUCACCUACGUGGAAGGGAUGUGCGUCAUCUGGUUCACCUUUGAGUUCCUCAUCCGGGUCAUCUUUUGCCCAGACAAAAUGGAAUUCAUCAAGAGCACCCUCAACAUCAUCGACUUUGUGGCCAUCCUGCCCUUCUAUCUGGAAGUGGGUCUCAGUGGCCUCUCAUCCAAAGCAGCCAAGGAUGUGUUGGGCUUCCUGAGGGUGGUAAGAUUUGUCCGGAUCCUAAGGAUCUUCAAGCUGACCCGGCAUUUCGUAGGACUGAGAGUCCUAGGUCACACGCUGAGGGCCAGCACCAAUGAGUUCUUGCUCCUCAUCAUCUUCUUGGCCCUAGGGGUCUUGAUCUUUGCCACCAUGAUCUAUUAUGCUGAAAGGAUCGGUGCUCACCCAGACGACAUAACGGGCAGCAAGCACACUGUCUUCAAGAACAUCCCCAUUGGGUUUUGGUGGGCUGUAGUGACCAUGACGACUUUGGGCUAUGGUGACAUGUAUCCCGAGACUUGGUCAGGCAUGUUGGUGGGAGCACUGUGUGCCUUGGCUGGUGUGUUGACCAUUGCCAUGCCUGUGCCAGUCAUCGUCAACAAUUUUGGCAUGUAUUAUUCGCUGGCUAUGGCCAAGCAGAAACUACCAAAGAAAAAGAACAAGCACAUCCCACGAGCCCCCCAGCCUGGCUCACCCAACUACUGCAAACCGGACAUGCAGUCCCCACAUCGCAGCAACCAGGGUGACUCAUGCCCCUUGGCUCAAGAGGAGAUAAUCGAGAUUAAUCGGGCAGACUCUAAGCAGAAUGGCGAUGCAGCAAAUGCAGCUCUGGCUAAUGAAGACUGCCCCACAAUUGAUCAGGCCCUGUCACCGGAGGAGAAGUCACCUGUCACACCUGGUGGCCGAGAGCGCUAUAAUCGUGACCGAGCCUGCUUCCUCCUCUCCACAGGUGAUUUUGGGCAGUCACCUGAUGGAAACAUCCGAAAAGUAAAUCAGGACCUGUUCAGUGCUGAAUUGAUAACUGGCAUAUUCAUUACUAUGGAAGACAAGCUCAUUGGUUUUAUUCAGGCAGAAAGGGAUCAAGAUACCACAAAGUUUGCGAAACCUCACAGUACAAGUAGUCCUCGACUUACAACAGUUCCUUUAGUGACCGUUCGAAGUUACAAUGCACUCCCCACAGGCUAUGAGAAGUCCCACAGCCUGAACAGCAUUGCUGGUCUACCUCCAUCUCCAGCACCCCCUUCCUUUGGCUCACCUGGUUCCGUCCGACGUCCUCGCUCGCCCAUUCCUUCCAUACUCUAGAGACACACCAGGAAUGCUUGGGGUUAGCUUGUAUGUUUGUUUCUUUAAAAAAAAGAAGAAGGAAAAGGAAAAAGAAAAGGUAAUGCCAAAAAAUAGGGGGGCAGAGUUAAACGCAAAGAAAACACUCUCUGCCAAAUGCAUUGGAACACACGAAAUGCGGGAGACACCCAUACAGGUGGUGUUGCACUAAAUUUGCACUUUCUGGAGCAUCCAUGAGAAUUCUGAGGCCUGAAGCCUUCGAUCCCUGUAGCUUUGAAACAGGAGUACAGUUUAAGCAUCUACUGCGGGAGGAAGGGUGAGGGAUGGUUUGCUCUGAAAAUCCAAACACUCAAAAAGCAGGAGAGGAGAUGUGUCAAGGACAAACAUUGCAGGAAAAAGCCCAAGGCCCUCCUGUCUGGAUUCUCUGCAUCCUUCCCUUCAUCCACCUUACCAGACUGCACAGUAUUUCUCUGACCCUGGCUUUGCAGUUUCUCUCUCUGUUUAAUGCUCUUUCCCUUUUCAUCAUCUUACUCAGGACUUUAAUGAGCCAUAGAGCCUUCCUUCCUUCCUUUCCUUCUGUUUUGUGUCUCUCAGUCUGCACCUUGUUAUCUACGUUUGGUUUCUCUGUCCUUCCUAUCUAUCUCUGAACUUUUUCCAUAGAAAAAUCUAUCUCUCUGUUAAAACUUCCCUCACAAAUGACAUGUUUCCAGUCUUUCUAUCUGUCUCUCUCUUAACUUUCCUUAUUUCCUUAAUGAACGGUUCUGGUUCUUUAAACACAUGGACCCUCCACCGUUCCUCUGAAGAAGGCCAUCCACUCAUCUGCCUUGGGUCUUCUGUCUUUCCUUGGAAUUGUUCUUCUGUUCUGUGCAUGGAUCUUCCAUCAAUCACAAGCAAUAAGGUCAGACUCUCCCUUCUGCCUGGAUGCAUGAUAACGACUUUCCUAUGAUGUAGAUAAUCCAAGAAUAACCAAGUUCCCACAGAUGAAAGAGCUGAGGGUAAGCACAGAGACCAGGAUGGGGUCUGGGAGAAGGCAACUCCAGCAUCUGACUAGGUUUGAAGGAGAAGCUAGAGAACCAUCCUCCUUCUUUUGCCUCUCUCUCCUUUCUUCUCUUUUGUUUGUCUCUUUUUCCACACACAGAAAAGGACAACGGAGCACUACUUGUUGAGGUGGGUGCUUUCACUGUGAUUUUUUUUUUUCCUGUUUCCAUCCAAAGUUGAGAUGGGAUGGUCUUUUGAUCUGAUUGCAAAAAAUAAAGAGAGGGGAAAACAAAGAGAUAUGUGAACAACAACUAAGAGAACGUAGGAAAAAGAAAUCUAUUUUUCAAUUGAAAAAGAAUAACCGCAGGAUCAGAAAAUUUAUUGGAAACUGCAAGGGAAAGAUGUCUUCCCUAUGUUUCUUCUGGAACAAGAAAAUAUAGGACAUGUCACUGAGCACUUGAGUAUGGGACACCUGGUUUUUUCAAAGCAAUGCUGCUGAUACAGACAAAAAACAAAAACAUAAGGAAUAGCACCACCGAGCUAAACUAUUUAGAAUCUGCAUUUUCCAAGCCAGCAUGUAUUUGCAUGUAAUACUGUAAGCGACAAUAUUUAAUGUUAUAUGCAAAAGCAAAUGAAAAAAAAUGACAAAAAAGAACUACAAAAAAGCAAAAAGAGAUAUAUUUUCCUUCAGGACUUGCAAUCCCCUGCAACAACAAACAUCACCAAAUUUAGCAAGUACCCCUUCCCCCUGACCUGUUUCCAUCCUGCAAGGGGGUAAGAAGCACCGCACAUUGUAGGAGGUGGAUGUAUCCUAAAGGGCUUUUUCCUUCCCUGGGCAUGUAUCACGGAUGGCGAUAAGAUGCUGGCAGAGCGAGCCCUUUGUCCUAGAGCAAAAUCCAAGAGCUUCUUGUUUGUUAAGAAAAUGUUCAUAUGAUUUGAAAUAAUGCAAGGGGGAAGAGUAGCUUAUACUCAUUGCUAAUUCAAGUAGUAAAUUCCAGUGGAAAAGACAGUGCGGGGGCAACAAGGCUGGCAUUUUGUUAUGUGGACAUUGAGGAAGUAGCUUGGUGGGAAUAUAAAAGGCAGGAAUUUGGUCAAGCUGGGAAUAAGACAUUGAGAAAUGCUGUACUACAAUCCCUUGUAUAUAAAGGCGUUACCUUUAGCUGAUAUAUAUUUUAGCACAGGAAUUCUGUUUCAUCAGAGUGGUGUAAUACUCCAAGCGGCGUGUUCCUUUUGUAGAUGUUAUCUUAUUGGAGGCUACCAAUCUUCAGUGCCUCAGCUUCCAUUCAAAACCUGUUUUCCUAGCAAUUAAUUGUAGGAGAAAAAUUAAGCACCUCAACGUGGUUCAAAAAUAUACACAACCAGUCUGGUUACCUUUUUUUUUUUUAAAUGAGUGAUAAGAUUUGCAGAUUUGCACAGCUCAAGUUUUCCAAUGAAUGCACUUUUGAGGAAUGCAAAAUACCAUGUUUUGCAAGAUGCUCAGGACCGAAGAGGGAACUGUUAGCAGCAUGUUAGUUUCUUGAAGUUUUUUAAAAGAAUUUCUUAAGUCUACCCAUCCUGUGGGCAUAGUUAUGGAGUUUACUGUACCAACAACAUAUGUCACAGGCAGGUUGAUUACUUUGGCAGCCAAAUAUAUCUGGCAUGUUAUCAGAGGGUAAAUUAAAUGGGGAGAUUUGUAACUGGAACAACAUGGAUCAUUCCAUAGGCAGUCUAAAAAUGUAGCUUUCUAAGGCCAAAUAUCACAAGUAGCUGAAGCAAUAGUUGUCCCACUAUCAUGUAUUGUUCUGUUGCCUCUUGUUGGCAGGCUUUUCAUUGACAAGCUACAGGCAACGAAUGACACAAACCAAGCUAUUCUGUGAAAUACAGUCAGUCAACAGUGAUCCCACUGUUUUAUGUUAUUGGUCCAUGUAAAGUCUGUGAACAUGACUAAAUGCAUCACACCAUCUUCAGUAUCUGAAUGGCUUCUUAGCAAAGGGAUAGGUAUCUCCAUUAAAUAACCUUCUUUAUCACCUUAUGGUUAAAAUAACCAGCACCAGUAGCUACAUAUCAUUACGCCGGGUGGGUGUUCAGCUGUCAGAGAGCUAAUAAAUUAUCUGAAGGACUUUCUAGAAGCAUUUCUAGUAUAGAUUUGUUUGUUUAUUUGAUUAUAUUGAUGAUUUGCCUUUCCUUCUCUUCCAUAGCUUUUCAAACGCCCUAUGAAAGUGUGAUGGUACAAUUUGUAAUAUUCAGUAGUAAAAAUAAUUAAAACAUAAAUUGCAUUUCUUUUUUGUUAGUUGUAUUAGAAGAAAAAACAUUGUUUAGCUUAGACCAGCAUUUUUUUUUAAACUUGGCCAUUUUUAAACUUGACCAUUUUAAGAUGUUUAAAAUGCUGACUCCCUAGUCAGCAAAUCUGGGAACUGAAGUCCAUAUAUAGUAAGUUUGUCCAGUCUGAAAACACUGGCUUAGAAGACCAUGGAUCUCUAAACUGGUUUUUCUCUCUAGCUAAUGGCUACCACAUAUUAACAGAUCAAAGGAACUAACAUAGUGAACAGUUGAGAUAAAACAAUACAUGACUUUCUGACAUGCCAUCAGAUCAAAAGAAUUCAUGAUCUAGAUCUAUGUUAAUAUGCCAUUAUUUCAAUUGACGCUUGAAAAGGCCUUGUUUUCUUGAAAUACUUGACCUAAUGCCCAAUCUACAUCUGCACUUGUAAAAAAAGUGCUAGUCUUCACUAUCAGAGUGGCAAAUCUUUGAAUAAAACAAGGAUGAUUAAAAAAACUAAAAGUGAAAGGAGGUGAGAUUGAAAUAUUUAUGGACAGAAAACAAAUGGAGACAAAAAAAAUAUUUGAAUAAUACUGUCUUUGCUUAGUGAGAUAACAAACACAUAGAUUCUUUUUUUCCCUCCUUUUUUAUUCCAUAAUACAAAUGUGGAAAUCUUUAAUCUUCCUUCCUUCCUUCCUUCCUUCCUUUUUUUUCUCUGAACUAGGAAUUUCUAGUCUCUAUGGGGCAAAAAGUUCUUAAAUUAGGGUAAACAGAUGGAAAUAAAAGUAUAUUUUGGCUUAUGAAGCUAUGUUUGUAUGAGUGAAAAGAAUAGCUAGUGUCUUUUCUUAGUCUAUUUUUUAAAUUGUUCCCAAUGACAAUAUUUUUUGACUGGUCAGAUUUAUGGAAGGGUUUACAAUGUAGUCAAGGUUGCUAAAUUUGUGUGUGUGUGUGUGUGUGUGUGUGUACAUUGUUUUUAUAACAAUAAAAUUGGUCUCCAAUAGAUAUGAAGGAUAUCUGGAAUUGAUUCUGCAGUGAAAGAAUUUAAUAUACAUGAGAUGCAGUGACAAUUAGAUGAACAUCCAUUAGAUUCAAAUGGAAUAAAAAUUGUUUCACCUUGCUUUGCAAAUUUAUAGUUGCAAAAUCUUUAGGCUUGUUCACUGAUUUCCUUUCCUCUUCCUGCACGUGAGGACCUCUUUAAUCUACUUUUUGAAACUAACUAUGUUUCCCCAUUAUAUCUCAACUUGGAAAUCACAGUUGUUCUUGAUAGACUUCGUUAAAAGCCUUCAGAUCAAUUUAGAUGUGAUAGGAAAUUGUGGUUUGUUCCAAAACAAGAGAUCAGAGCUCCCAGAAUUUACAGGACAGAAUGAGGAAAUGCAAAUCUCAUUGUACACAAAAUAUUUUAUCAUUACAGCUGAAUCAGGCAGGAUUUUAUUGAAAUAAAUAUUUUUUAGUGUAUUUUGAUAGCUUAGAUAGAUAAGGCUGUAGUUUCUACGUAAGUAAGAAAACACUAAAUACAAUCAUUGAGUUUCUACAAUUUGUUCCUCACCCAUAAUAAGUUAUUAUUCCUAGACUUGAUAUAUGUCAGUUAAUGUAGCAUAAUAAUUAGAUUAGUUAAGAUUAGUUAAGAUUUUUGGUAGAAAUAGUUAUUACUGUAUUUUUAAACUCGCAGCAUAAUUUGUAUUUCAGCAUAAUUAGAAUCAAUAAAUAAUAAAACAAUCAAAUUAAAUUAAUUGCCCAUCAUAGUAUAUUAAAAUCCCUCAAUUAAGAAAGAGCUAUAUGGCCAAUUGAAACAAUAUUGUCCUGAAAGACAAUAAAGAUGAAAAGCAUUUUAGUACUUUGAUGAAAUAACAAAAAUAUUUCCUGCCAUAUAUAUUCAUUUGUCUGCUGCACAUUCCCUAAAUUACAUGAUUUCGUAGGAAACUAUAUCACUGAAUUAAUUCAAAGUAAUUAAUAAUCAUAAUUUGAUUUAAUCAAUCAAAAAUCAGUUCCAAAGUCCUCUAUAUUUGAAGGCUGCAAGUGAUAUUAUAUGUCACCAAAGUGUCAUGCCAAUAGCAAGCACAUUUUAAUUAAAAGGUUUGAAUCUAAUAUAACCAAUUAAAGAAUCCACUUCCUUGUUUUUGUAGUCUAGGAUGCUUGUUAAGAAAUAUAUAUAUACACACACACACAUAUGUGAAGAUGUUUGGAUUUUAACUCCCAGAAUUCCCUAGCCAGCCAGAAUUCUGAGCUGAAAUCCACACAUCUUCAAGCAGCCAAGGUUCAGAAACACUGCUCCAGAGAAUUUAGAAUUAGGUUCCCAAAAGAAUGCAACUAGAUUCAGAUAAAUAUGGCUGCACCACCUCUAUUUACUUGGGAAAUUGGAGUUUGAGGGAGCCAACUGUUUUUUCUUCUAGCAGAAAAAGAGGAUGUGUGUCUUCCAGUACGGCUAAAAAUGUCACAAAAAUUGUUCUGGCAAUGAAUAUUGCCCUUAAAAUCAAUGAAGGCUUUCUCACAAUAUUAAAUACCAUCAAUGACAUAUAAAACCUAAGUUACACUGAAGCUAUAAACUAUAUCUUUAGCAUUCCACUUUAGACCCUUUAGAACACCGUAAAAAAAAGAACAACAAAGAAGGUUUAGCACCCAAAAGAACUAAAGCAGGAUUCCUAGCCAACUACAUUUUGCACAUCUUAGUUUUUUAUUUGCAGGGGGAAAUGUUUGAAAAGUUUAUUCCUGUAAAAAGUAAUUCUGUAGCACAGAAUCAACUCUAGUGAAAGUACCCAAAAUUGCAUUUUAUGAUAAGAGAUGAUGAGACAAUUUGCUCUGAAACUUUUCCAUUAAAGAUUUCUUUUCUGUACAAAAAGAAAAGAGGGGGAAAAAACCCUUCAGCAGCCCACCACAUCUAGUCAAAGAUACCCAUCUUACAUACUAUGCAAAUAUUUUUGUGGGUGCCUGUUUGAGCUCACCCCCUCCCCAAACUUGCACAGUUCAAAGGAUGGAAGCUCUUUAUGCAAUGAUUUCUAUGCAAAAUAAACAAAUAAAAAUAUAAAAAGUGGCUAGAUUCAGGAAGGCAGUUGGGAGCAUAGGAAAAACAUGGGAAUGAUGAAUUAAUACAGAUGACUAUUUUUUUAAAAAAAGUUCCCUUUUGUGGUGCAUAUUCCACCAAUCUGCUUCCAAAAUGGGGACAGUUCACCUGGUCAUAUUGACCUAUAUAUCUCUCUGAAGGAUAUGUCAUUUUGUAUGUAUAUUAUAGUUAAAUUGUGGAAUGUUGAGGCUUUAAAUUUAAGAAAGGGGUGGUCUUGACAAAACCUGUGAUUGGGUGGAUGCAGUACUAUCUAGUAAGUACUGUAAAAUAAAUACAUUAAUUGUUUCUAAGUGAACUCUUGUAGGAUUGCUUAUUGUCUAUUUUUCCUUUUCCAUUAAUAUGACCAUUUUGUCUUCUCAUUAUCUGGAUGCUCUGAACAACUAAGAAUAAAAGACAUGACAGCGGACUUUCUAAACCAGAGAUUCCAAUAGCAAAAGGUACAGAUCAUGUUUGUAUUAAUUGUAGAUUUUGUACCAAGAGUUCUUCUGUCUUUAAAAGGUGGAUGCAGAAGAGGAUGGGGCAGGCUGAUUUAGAAUUUCUGCAUUUUAAAUACUGUCUGUCCCCUUCCCACCCCAUUUAGUACGGUCGAAGUGCAACUUCCUUUAGCAAGAGUUUCAUUUAUUUUAAUUGCUUUCAUUUGUAUAACUUUAUUUGGCUGGUUUGUCAGAGUUGAUUGACGUUGAUUGAGUUUGCACAGGACAGUUUGUGUGACCCAGUUCUCCUGGAUUGUACCAUUUCAAAAGAUGAGUUAGUGGAAAGAAUAUUCCCUAGGCUUGCAAAUUGCUAAUCUCUCUGGCUUGAAUAACAUGGUCAGGGCAGGGGAAUUUUGGAAAUAGAUUAAAAUAGGUCCUUGAUUUUUUUCCUGAUUAUAUUAGUAAUAUGCAUGAGAAUCUUAGCUAAUAAUAUUUGUUAGGGCUUAGUAACCUGUGUGGACUUGAUCUGUGUAUUUGAAUUCAAGCCCAUAUUAUAAACUAUUGUUUGUAGAAAACUAGCAAGUCAGGUAAAUAAACUAAUCUAUAAGCUUGACUUUGGUAAGGAAAGACAAAGUUCUUACUGCAGCCAAGAAUUCUGUAGUCCUCUUUGCAUUCAGAACAGGGAUUGGCCCAGGAGAGUCAUAAUAUCUGUCUUUUACAAGAAAAUAAUUGGUUCCGAAUAAGUAGCUUGAGAUAACAUAUUUGUAGAAUUGAUAUGGGUGAAUCAUAGUACCAUUUAAACAUCAAUAUCACUUUCUCUUAUGUCAUUUCUUUUCCUUCUUCCUUUGCAGUAUUUUCUUCCUUGACAAGAUGAAAAAAUACCCAUUUUGUAUGAAAAAUUAUGUUAACAACAUAAACAUUGCCUUGUUUUUCCAUUUCAGAUAUUGUCAUUGGAAUAAUUUUCUUGCUUGUGGUUUUUUGUUGUUGUUGUUGUUGUGUUCUUGAGAAGUUAUUGAUCACUUAUAAGUCAAUAGAAACAUUUUGAGCCUUCUCAAAAUGUUUGGAUGUCUUUUAAAUGAGGACACUUAAUUCAUUAUCACUGAGGCAAGUAAAAAAAGAAUCUUAAUUUAAAAAAACUAAUUAUAUCAUGUCUAUUUGCAAGAAAUGAAGCCAGGUUUGAGAGAUAUUUUUUUUAAAACUAUUCCAAAUCAUGGGGGGAAAGUAGAAACUUUUCCAAAGGAAAUAAUCUGGAAAUGUUAAAUAUCAGUAAUAUUUUCCACAUGUAAAAUACUGUUAUCACUUCUGACCCUCUACUACAAUAGAAACAUACAUUUGAAUUCAAAUAUAAGCACAAAGUAAAAAAUCAUGAAUUUUGUUAGUGCUUUUUCUGAGGUGUUUAGAAAAUCAGUGAAUUAAAUGACAGAAGCAGUUUUAAUAAACCAUUUUUAAACUUGC